GGCAGCCACACCCAUUGGUGACCGGGCCGCACAAACCCUACCCUUUUCCACCGCCCCCAAAUCAACGCAGCCUCCUCCUCCUCUCCUCCCUCUCUUCCCCCGCCGCUAUGGUCUCUCCAGAGGCACACCCCUCCAUGGAUCGAAGCAGCAAACCAGGAUCUGGAUGAGGAAGAGGAGAUCCGGGCGCCCCAUUGGUGGAUCGACUAUCACGAGCUCCUCCCGCCAUGGAGGAGCAGCGAGGCCGGAGAUCCAGGCGGCGCAUGCCUCACGGGGUGGGGGAGAGGCCUGCAACAGGGGCGAGGGGCAUCCAGGUCGAAGCUGCAGCGCUCCAGUCGAUGGGAUUGCUCUGUACGGAAGGGGAGUUGCCGACGGCUGAAGAUGCUACUCAAAGGAUGAGCUCCGAGCGGCAUGCAAGGCUAGCUGACUGCAGUUUGAUUACCGAUUCAUCUAUGGCAGCACAUGCAGGCGUAUUAUCUUGGAGGUUGCUUCUUAUUUUUACCGUGGAUCAAGUUUCUUCAUUUCCUUUGUAGCUACCUCUGCUCCAUUUGUUUUAUAUAUCAUGUAUGCUUUAUAUAUCCUAUGUGCUGCCAUGAUCCUUGCUUCACUGAUCAUGUUGAUUUUCUAGAUUUGGCUGGGUGCCGUGUUCUUUUUUGGCCCUUGUCCGCUUUGAUCAAUGUGCUCUGGGAUCUGGCUCUGUGACUGUGAUGAUGCACCCGCAGGGAGGAGGCAACAUUGACGCGAUGGCACAGCAGAGGAGACUGGGCUUGUUGUGGAACUUCUGGAGGUAGUAGGACAUGAUGCCGCACAUCACAGAGAUCAAGAUGGCCAUGCGCAUGCCGAUGCCGCCCGCCGACAUCGGCGAGAGCGUCACCGCCGGCAACGGCUCUAGUGACCUUUCCAGGAUCUUCUCCAUGAGCUACUGGAAGGACACCAACUCCAGCAUCAUGUUCUUCACGCCUGGCCGCAAGAAGGCCAAGUUGUUCGGCGACAGCGAUGACGGCAUGGUCACCAGCUUCAGCAACAUUGACUCCCAGGAAAGAACAAGCAUCAACAAGAGGGUAAGGAGGCUGCAAGACCCCAUGACCAACAUGGACAAGGUCAUUGUGCGGUACAGAAACUUUACUCUGAAUUUGUCACUACAGGUUGACCAACGGGUGGACUGGUGCCGGCGUGAGGAUAGGGCCGGUGGAUGGAACAGAAGACAGUGGACGAUAUUGACAUUGGAGAACGGGCGCAUCUCCAUAGGUGGAAGUUUAUUUACCUGGACGAUGUUGGGUCGAAGUCUUUGUUUUAGUGUGUAUAGUAACAACACGAAAUGCAAUAGUAAUUUGAGGCCUACAAGAAACAGUAACAUCGGCGGAUUCCAGUCCAAUGCAGAUAUUAGGCUUUGCUAACUGGACAUCACCAAGUUCAAGGUAUUGAUGUACCUAAUCUUAGGCUUUGCCAAAUCUUAAAGUUAACAUGACAUCAGGGGUCUCACGACAGCUAUUAAAUAUGCUUAUUAGGCUUUGCCAGAGCUUAAGGUUACAUGACAUCAGUGGUCUCACGGCGGCUGUUAAAUAUGCUUAUUAGGCUUUGCCAGAUCUUAAAGUUACAUGACAUCAGGGGUCUCACAACGGUUUCUAACCAAUAGAAAGUGACAACCGUUGGUAUAUAUGAGGCAAUGUCUAAUAUUUUCUUAGAAUAAUGUUUUUAUUAAUUAGAUGAUUAUCACUUUCAUGGUGUGCCUACUUUCAGAGAUGUAAAAUCCAGAACUCUGUGUAAUGUGCCUUGAAUAUCUAUUCAGCAGUUGAAUAGCAAUU